AUGGCGUCCUCGAACGGAAAAUGGGUCGACACGAGAAUGCUGAAAAUCAUCAGAAGAGCAGUCCAAGAUCAAGCGAUACGGGGCCACGAACGUGAGGAUAUGGAACAAUUCCUCAGCAUCCCUUCUCCAGCGCCUGUGGCUGCGAACUUGCCCACAUCGCCCGUGGCCCAGCACCGUCCGCCCGGCUACAUGGAAGCACGGGACAAAGGGCGAAAACCCUGUUCGACCACGGCAGCCACUGCAGGACCGGUGCUCAGACUCCGGCUCAUCGAUCAGGAGAAUCUCUACGCAUGGCACGAUUCAGACCGGCUCCCCUGGGCUGAACUAUCACGGACAGCCAUCGAGUACCGAGCGAUCGUCGACUACGCCUACUGGUUCGCCACAGGCAAGCCCCUCAGGAUCAGCUCGUCGGGAACAACAUUCGACUGCUCGUUCACCACAAGCCAGCCCCUCAUUACCAGCCCACCAGGCGCCCUCACAACUUCCAGCUCGCCACAGGCUCGCUCCCCGAGAUCAACUCAACGGGGACGACUCCAGGCGAACCCCGGCGUAGGACAAGCCGGGGACUGGAGUCCUACACUGACGCUACCAGAUGCACAACGGGCGAGGGACCGAUCAGUUGGUGAAUCGGAGAAGUAA